AAUUUUCAGCUAGGAACGAAAAUGAGCAACAUACUACUAUUACUAGGGUUUAAGCAAAGCCUUUGAAUAUAGCAUCAUCCCUCCCCUCUUCUCACCAUUUUUGUUUUUCUUCCAUCUUUCCUCCUUCUUCACCAUGAAUCUAAAACUCAAACAAUUGCUUGCCAAUCAAACAAUAACCACUCUCAAACGCAUUACUACUUUCUCUUCCUCCACCAUUUUUACUUCUGGUCAUAUUCACAAUCAAAAUCAAAAUCAAAAUCAAUCUGAAUCCUUUUUGGGUACUCAUCCAUUUUCAAUUACCCAGAAAAAAAGCUUUCAUAAUCCUCCCCAAAUCAGUCAAUCUCCAUCUAAUCCCACUAUUUUCACGAAUGAUGACAGAGAUCAAGCCUUUUUGAAUGAGUUUUUGUCGAGAGUUGUGUUUACAAUGAGGGGGAAGCUAAAUGAAACAUACCCAGAUUGUGAUAAGUUCGCCAUUGAUGCUAUGUUAACUCUAAUUGUAGAAAAAUUGGUGAAUGAGAUGCAAAAAGGGGGUAUUUGGGAUGAAAAAUUGGCUUCCCACGGUCAAGAAUUGAGUGAGGAUUUAUGGAAGGUAGUGUUGGAAGUGAGUUUUGAUGUAUAUAAAGGGAUGGAGAAAGAGAGAAAGAAGGAGAAAAUGAAGAAGUUUCUUCAAUCUGAGGAUGUUAAAGCAAUGGCUAGGUUUGCUAGUGAGAUUGGUGUUCGUGGGGAUAUGUUGCGCGAGCUUAGAUUCAAAUGGGCACGAGAGGAUAUGGAGAAAGCUGAAUAUUAUGAGAGUUUGGAAAGACUUACUAAGGAAGAAGAGGAGAAGGUACUUGCUGAAACCGAAACCACACUCGAAACUGAAGCUGGUGGUAGUACUAGGUUAAUUGGUUUCAAUGGCGGAUUACCACAGAGACAUGGGGAGAUUAAGUACAAGUUAUAUGGACUUGAUUUGUCUAGCCAUCAAUGGAAGCAAGUGGCUGAUAGGAUCCAUGAUGUAGAAGAUAGUGUUUGGCCUCAAGGGGCUAAACCUAUUACUGGGAAAUGUAAGAUUAUUUGUCAAAAGAUUCUUGAUUUGAAGAAUGAGGAUGACUAUGAUUCUGUUGUUUUUCCACUGUUGAAUGAAUGGAAGGAUUUGUUGAAGCCGGGUCGGAUUGAUUGGAUUUUUUUGCUUGAUAAAUUGAAGGAAAGGGAUUUUUGCUUAUACUUGAAGGUGGCAGAGAGUGUCCUUAGCGAGCCUUCUUUUGAAGCUAAUGUCACCGACUACUCAAAGUUAAUUGAUGCUCAUGCCAAAGGACAUAGGUUGGAGGAUAUGCAAAGAAUUCUUAUGAAGAUGAGCGAAAAUGGGAUGCCACCCGAUGUUGUAACCUUAACUGCUUUAGUCCACGCAUAUAGCCACUCAAACAACCUCGAGAAGGCACUGGAAUCUUAUAAGGCACUAAACAGUCAAGGACUGAAGCCGGAUAUAGAGAUCUAUAACUCCAUGAUAAUGUUGUAUCUCAAUGCUGGUCAGCUCGAGCAGGCUGAGGCUCUGGUAAGAGAAAUGGAGCUUAAAGACGUUAAACCCACAGAGGAGAUUUUUAUGGCUUUAUUUCGGGCUUUUGCCAAAAAUGGUAAUGUUAUCGGAGCGAAAAAAAUUGCGACUAAUAUGCAAUUUGCCGGGUUCGAACAAACCGCAGAGUCGUGCACCUUGCUUAUUGAGGCAUGUAGCAAAUCUGGAAAUUCUGAUGACACAAAAGCUUACUUUGACUACAUGAUAAAACUUGGAUUCAAGCCAGAUGAUCAAUGUUUUUCUAUGGUGAUCUCUGCAUAUGAGAAGAAUAAUGAACUCGACAAGGCAUUGGAUCUGUUGCUGCGACGGGAAAAGGCCGGAUUUGAACUCGGAGUUUAUACCUAUAGUGCCCUAGUAAAUUGGUUUUGUAAAUUGCGGUUGGUUGACGAGGUUGAGCAAAUUUUGACGAAAAUUGCUCAGUUGGGCGAGGCCCCUCCUUUAACUAUUCAAGUAAGCCUUUUGGAUAUGUAUGCUAUGGAAGGUAUUGAGAAGAAGACAAUUCAGAGCUUGGGGGUUCUAGAGGCCAAUAAGGAGCUUUUGCAACACCAAGAUUUCGAGAGAAUUAUAAAUGCUCUUUUAGAAGGUGAUUUCAUGCAAGAUGCUAAAAGAAUGAUAGAUUCGAUGGUAGCUAGGGGAUUCACUAUGUCAGAAACUCUUUCGAUGAAAGUAGUGGCAGUCUCCCUUCGCAGAAAAAGUAGUGACAAACGUCAAGGCAAGAACUAAUUUCGGUGCUUCAGGUAAUUCAUUCAGCGUCUUGCUUAUUGAGUUUGUUUCGGGUAGAUAUGACCGGUUAAGGAACAUCUUAGUCACUCUUUUUAACAACAUUCUGCCUAUGGGAGUGCCCGAAAUCGGUACUCGCCCGUGCAGGUGAACAUCUUAGUCACUCUUUUUAACAAACUUAUAGAGUUAUCCUCUACACCUGUGGUUUUUCUUCACAGCUAUUUGAUUUAGUUGGGUUUUUUGUCACUUGAUAUAUGUUGCAUAUUUGAAUUAUACACCGAGAUCUUGCAAGUAGUAUUGUAGUAAUAAAAAGCUGUUUGAGAAUACGGGUCAACUAGUCUAGUGGUUGGAAAUAUUAUCUUUCAACUGUAUGCUAGGAGUUCGAUUCUCACCAUUUAAAAAUGAUCAAUUUUCCUUUUUCCUCUCGUCCGUAAGGGUUUUAAUGAAUGACUUUGGGGUUAUUGUGAUGGUAAUUUGCUUUGGUGUUUGCGAGCAUGGGUCGAAAGAAUUACCCUUUUGGUUUUACUUUAGCGAGGUUGCUUACAGCUAAUUUCUUGUGAGGCCGUCUUUUUGAGAAACGUAUCUCAAGCCCAACCCAUUAAAGAUUGAUGUCUACUUACUGCAUUCUUAAUAUUUAAUUACAUUAUCCUUAAUAUACUUACCGUAUCGUCUACUUACAAUAUCUAAAUGUCUACUUACAUCAUCCUUAAUGACUACUUACAACAUUUUAAAAAAUAUAUAAUGAGCCGACCAAAUUAGAGAUGAUCUUUCAAAGAGACCGUCUCUCACAAGAAUUUGUGGGGUGCUUAUAUCCAACCUUAUUACCCGGUCGAGUGUUGGAAAAAUGAAAUGGCGAUAUAAAUCCUUUUGUUUUCAUUUUCGGUGGUUGUUUGAUCUUUCUUCACCCUCUUUUGGUUCCUUCAUCAUUUGUCUUCCUCACUAGUUCUCCUCCGUUGUUCUAUGAUUUCUAUCCUAUUAUUUCUUAGGAAUCAAGAUCUAUUGUUAUUGUGUUUAGAUCACUAUCAUCUUGCUUAAUACUUUCUUCGAAAAAUGAUACAAUUUGUCUCAUAUCUAUUUUGGCCAGACCCACAAUUCUUUUUUAAUUUCUUUCACAUAUUUAACUUAUUUUUUUAUUUGACGCACAUAUUUCUCACAUUUUUAUAUAAAAUAUCAUUUAUUCACUUUUCUUAAAUUUUCUACCAAUUGUCGGGUAAUUUUCAUGGAAAGUAGAGACUAUAUAGAUUGGUCAAAGUAUUGUUGGAGAGAAGUAGAGACAAUAGUUUGUAAGAAAAGAAGAUUGUGUUUGUUGCAAUAAAAUGAUAAAUAAAAGUUCCCUUCAUAAAUCAUAAUAGGGGUUGGAACUUGGAAGAAGCCCUACUAUUUAUGAUGGCAUUGAAAAAGUUACGAACAUUUUCACUUAUAUGUAAUAACUCUACUCUCAUAUUCUUUUAUUAAUAUAGACUUAUUCUUGUAUUUUAUUUAUACAAAUAUAGUAAAUCUUUAAAUCACACUUAAAAAAAUCUCAUUGACAAUAAAAAAAUGAACACUUUUCAUGCCAAAAAACCUCAAUUAACCAU